GUUUUAACAGCUAACGCUUAGUCAUCACACUUUCAUUCUCUCUCUUUAUAGAGUCAGAAGAAGGAAGAGCAUGUGAUGUGAGAUUGUUUUUUUUUUUGAGGAAGCUACUAGGAAAUGAGCUUCAAUUUGAAAAUUUUCUGAAACAGGAAAGUAAAACAAGAAGGAAACCAAAGGAAACAUGUUCAGGUUACACAAGCUCAAGUCUGAUAAAUCUGGAGAAAGACUUGAUUUCAAGUUCUCCAGCAUUCAAGCCCUUCAGGUACCAAAAGGAUGGGACAAGCUUUAUGUGUCUAUAAUUUCUGGAGAAACAGGGAAAAUUCUCACCAAAUCAGGGAAAGCAUUAGUGAGAAAUGGAAGUUGUCAAUGGACAGAGACUCUGUCAGAGUCUAUUUGGAUCCCCCGGCGUGGAACUUCAAAAGAGAAUGGGGAAUACCUCUUUAAGCUUGUUGUUUCCAUGGGGUCAACAAGAUCUGGCAUCCUUGGAGAGGCCACAGUUAAUUUGUCAAGCUACAGGAGCUCAAAAACUGCUAUUCCUGUGUCAUUACAAUUAAAAAAGAAUAACCAUGGGACCAUCUUACAAGUUAAAAUUCAGUGCCUCACACCACAAGCAAAACUCAGGGAGGAGCAGUGGGAAGACACAGAUUCAUACGUGGAAGAUGGGAACAUAGACUACGAUGAUGUGGAAAGCAAAUCAGAUGUUUCUGAUAGUUCAUUGGCCAAGAGUGUUGGAUCCUCCUCCAGUAACCAUUUGGAUAGUAAGGAUUUCAGUUUCUCAGCAUCAGGUUCACGUUAUAGCUUCGACGAGGGUUCUCUGGGUGGGGAGAGUAAUUCCCCUCGAAAUAACUUAACUGGCUCUGGGAGCAACAUUGGACGACAAGAUUCAACUGGCUCCCAGAGUAGUUCUCCUUUUGGAUCUUAUUCUUUUAAUGAUUCUUCUAGAUCAGCUCACUCAUCCUUUAAUUCAAAGGUGUCAACUUCACGAAGCAGCCAUCAGAAUCAAAGGAGUGACUUAAAUCAGGUUUCACGCUCUGUUGCCUCAUCACCUUUGCGGAAUGCAGGUUCAUCUAAGGACCUUCUAGAUGCUGCAGAAGCUACAAUUAAUGAACUUCAAGCAGAAGCUAGGAUGUGGGAAAAAAAUGCUCGAAAGUUGAUGACUGAUCUGGAAAAAUUGCAGAAUGAGUUGUCAGACCAAUCAAAGCUCAAGGAAAGUCUUGAAACAGAACUUUAUGACUCACGCAAAGAAUGUGAUGGCUUGAGAGAGGAGAUCAAACAAGUGAAGAUCCUGUUGGAGGAAUCAAUGGUGGAGCACAAAUCCACUGAAAGUUUGAAGUAUGAGGCCAAAGAAGUACACGAUCUUCAGAAAGAACUGGAAGAAGAAUUGCAGUAUCAGAAAGAAUCAAAUGCUAACUUGGCUUUACAGCUAAAGAAAACCCAAGAGUCAAACAUUGAACUUGUUUCCAUACUCCAAGAACUAGAAGAUACCGUAGAAAAACAGAAAGCAGAAAUUGCUAACCUGUCAAAAAUGGAUUCUAUAGGGAAAUGCAGCAAUGGAGUUGAAGAUAAUGUGGAGAUAAGGCCAAAUAAGGAGGUUUUUGCAAAGAAUAUGAGCAAAGUCUCUUGUAACUCAGAUCAGGAAGAUAGAAUUGCUGAACAUGGGCAGGGAGAAUUAUCAGAAGGUUUUGAACCAGAGGACAAUGUGAAACCUGAGCUGGAGUUAUUGAAGUUGAAAGAAUCACAAAAAAACUUACAAAGUACUAUUCUAUUUCUGGAAAAAUCUCUGCAGGAAAAAGUCCAGGAGAUAGAGGCUGAAAAGAGUUUGAAGACCCAAACUCUAGGAGACGUUGAAGCCCAAUGGAGAAAUACAUUGGCUGUAAAAGAGGAAGAGAUCAUCAACUUGACGGCAAAGUUAUCUGAAGCGUCCAAGGCUAAUGAUUUUGAAAAUGGGGGAAAUAUCAAUCUGAUUAAAGAAGUCAAAGUUCUGAACCAGAAGAUAGAGGAGCUUGAGAAAGAUUGCAAUGAGCUUACAAAUGAAAAUCUAGAGCUUCUACUUAAGCUCAAAGAAUCAAAAACGGAUCUUCCAGGAUGUGGUGACUCUCAUAAUUCUAUAUCAAAUGGAUUUCUGGAAAAUGAUGCUAUUUUUACCUCUGAAUCUGAAGUAAGCAAAAUGAGAUCUCAAAUAUGCAAGCUUGAGGAGGAGCUGAGCAAGAAAGAAAUGCUUAUUGAAGGACUGUCCACUGAUCAACUGCAGACCCAAUGUGCGAAUCAUGAAAAGGAGUGUUCUGACCUGAAGCUUCAGUUAGAAGCUUUCAAGGACAAAACAGGCUACCUUGAACCUGAACUCUGUAAAUAUCAUGCCAGAGCAGAAGAGCGAGAAAUUGAGAUUGCUCCACCACAACAGUUAGAAAAACAAGUUGCAGACAUCAGUACGGAGCUCAAGAUUUCUCAUUCAGAUGCUGCUUUGGAGGUGUCCAAGACACUCCUUCAGUUGCAUGAAGAGAUUCAAUUCUGUGUAGCCAGAGUAAAGAGGCAACAGUAUAAUUCUUAUUUGCCUGUAAGCACUGCAUUUUACAAUGAUAACACUGUGGUUUCAAAUGCUACAGAUUUGUCCACUCAAAAGGAACUAGCUGUUUCUGUUUUGAACAGUUUUGUCCAGCUAAAGGAUUUUUUUGAAGCAAAAGUCAUUGGUGAUGAAAUGAAGCAAAAUGGAGAAGUCAGAAUAAGAACAGAGAAUGCUGAUGAGGUCCAAAAUAAUGUAGAGACUUGCAAUGCAAAGGAGAACACUUCGAGCACAUUCAGUCUGGAACAGGAGAGUCUGCAAAUGGUAUGUAAAUCUGAAAUUACAGAUUCCGGGAAGGAGAUAUUUGAAAAGACAUCUGAUAUAGACAAGCUUAACUCUGAUAAUCUCUUGAAGGAACAAGAUGUGGAAACGCUGAGGAAUUGCCAAAGGGAGUUGGAAACUCAGGUUUCUAAUCUUCAGAAUGAGAAAAGGCAGUUGGAAGAAAAUAUGGAAGUUAUGCUAAAAGAAGUUAAGAUGGCACCAACAUGCAUGGAUGAUUCACAAAAGGAACUAAUGGUGUUUAAUAAUAACAUGAUGACGUCUACAUUCAUGGAUGAUUCAAGAUAUGAAAUAAUGGUGCAUAAUAGUCGCGCAAAUUCCCAACAUUCAACUGACAAGAUUGUUGCAUUAAAGUCAGCAGAGCUUGAAAGUACCAAACAUGAAGUGGAAGUUCACUUAUCUGAACUAGAAAAAGAAAAUGUACAGUUAUCAGAACGAAUAUGUGGCUUGGAAGCUCAACUAAGAUACAUGACUGAUGAGAGGGAAUCAAGACGCUUGGAAUUGCAGAAUUCAGAAUCAUGUGCUGUAAAUCUCCAGGAAGAGAUAAGUAUACUUAAAAGGGAAUUAGAAGCACAUAAGUGCGAUAAACAGCAAAAGUUGCAGGACUUGCAAAAAAGGUGGCUAGAAGCUCAGGAAGAAUGUGAAUAUCUAAAAAUAGCAAAUCUAAAAUUAAAAACUACAGCUGAAAGCCUUAUUGAUGAGUGCAGUUCACUUCAGCAAUCAAUUGUAGAUCUAAGGAAGCAAAAAAUGGAGUUACAUGAGCGUUGUACAAUAUUGGAAGCUGAAUCAAGUGAAUUGCAAAAGGGCUUUUCUGAUAUGUUCAAGGAAGUUGAAGCUCUUGAAGGAAAAUAUACUUUAAUGCUGGAUGAAAUUGCAUCUAAAGAAAAAGCCCUUAGUUUAGAGCUAGAUGCACUUCUUCAAGAAAAUAAAAAAUAUAAAGAAAAACUUGCUACGGAAGAGAGCCAAUUGAAUCAGAUGUACUUGGAGAAGGAAGUUGAGGCUAAGAAUCUUCGUAGGGAGAUUGAACACCUUACUGAAUAUCUAUCUGCAACUCAUGAUGAUAAAGAAAGAAUGGUUUCAGCAGCUGUACUUGAAGUAUCUCAAUUUCGUAUAGAUAGAGCUAAGCAUGAAGCUUUAUUACAUGAAGUCCACAAAAAGCUUACCUUAUCUGAGAGUGACCUCAGUACCCUUCAGAUGGAAUCUGAAGCAAAGCUGUUAGGACUAAUGGAUGAGCUUGCAGCAUCCAAACAAAACCAGGAAGUUCUGAUGGCUGACCGUGAAAAGCUAUUGGAAUUGUUGGAAGAUGUGAAAUCUAAUGAAGACAAACAUAAAAGCAUUGUCAGGGGGCUUGAGUUAAAACUUAAGGUGUCUUCGUGUAAGAUGCUACAACUAGAAGAGGAAAUUUCCAGCCUUAAGUUUCAAUUGCAGAAAGCUGCAGUGCUUCAAAAUGAGAUUUUGGAUCUUAAGAAAUCCCUUAAUGAGGUCCAAUUUGAAAAACAAAGACUUGAAGUUUCACAUCAGAUGCUAUCUGGAGAUUGUGAAGAGCUGAAGGCUGAGAACAUGCUAUUUUCACAGAUGAUUUCUGACAUGCAGAGGGUUGUGGCUGAAUUAGAGGACUGCAAACGCUGUAGAGUUUCCCUUGAGGAAAAAGUUUUGCGCCUGGAAGGGGAUUUAACUGCAAGAGAGGCACUUGGUGCGCAGGAUGCUGAGUUCAAAAAUGAGCUUUCCCGGGUUAAGAGACUAAAUAACGAAUUACAGAGGAAGAUCAGACUCCUUCAGGUAGAGAAGCAAAAGUCCCUUAGUGGAGCUCAAGCUUUUGAACAGGAGCUAAAGAAGAGGACAGAAGAAAAACAAGAUUCACAAGAUUCCAGUGAUACAAGUCUUCACCUUUCUCCUUAUGAUAAUACCGUUACUAGUUCGACUUCUGAUGAAUUGAAGCUUUCACAGGUUGCACCAGGUUGUGCUCAUGGAAAUUCAACAGUUAUGGGUAUUGACUCAUUAUCAAAAAUCCAGCUACUUGAAAGUGAACUAGCUGAGGUUUUGGAAGCAAAUGAACUGUAUAAAACACAGCUUAAGAGUCUUUUGUCCGAGGAACGUAAAGAUCAUUCAAAUGCUCACAAGAACUUGACAGAUGAUAAAGAAGCAACAAAAGAAUAUGAGGGUGAGGCACAAUCUCUUGAGACAGAGUUGAGAGAUUUGCAGGAACGCUACUUCCACAUGAGCCAUAAAUGUGCAGAAGUCGAAGCUGAACGUGAACAACUAGUGCUCAAACUCAGGGCUGUAAGUAAUGGAAGAAAUUGAUUUUUCUCUUGUUCUAUAGGACUUUGAUGUGUUCUUCAGAUUUUUUUGUGCCAUCCCAAUUAACAUUUUUUCAACCAUGUAUCAUUUUUUGUAGAUCUUGUAAUACUAAGUCCUAUUCAAUUCAAUUGAACAAAAUAGCAUCCACAUUUGACAUUUAGUUCAAACCAAAGCAUAAGAUAGUUUGUAUUCAUUUUAA